CUGCGGGAAGGUGCCUACAUUUCCCACAAGCCCCCUUCGCCGAUUCCUCCGGAAGAAAACCUCGGCUCGGGCUCGCCACUUCCUCUUUCCGUCGACGGAGUUCAGUUCCACGAUGGGACGCGUGAUCAGGGGACAGCGAAAGGGCGCCGGCUCCGUGUUUAAAGCCCACGUCAAGCACAGGAAAGGUGCCGCUAAACUCCGCCACAUUGACUUCGCCGAACGCCACGGCUACAUCAAGGGGAUCGUCAAGGAUAUCAUCCACGACCCCGGCCGCGGGGCCCCUCUGGCCAAGGUGGCCUUCCGCGACCCGUACCGCUUCAAGAAGAGGACCGAGCUGUUCAUCGCCGCCGAAGGCAUCCACACGGGCCAGUUCAUCUACUGCGGCAAGAAGGCUCAGCUGAACAUCGGCAACGUCCUUCCCGUGGGCACCAUGCCCGAGGGCACCAUCAUCUGCUGCCUGGAGGAGAAGCCCGGCGACAGGGGCAAGCUGGCGCGCGCCUCCGGAAACUACGCCACCGUCAUCUCGCACAACCCGGAGACCAAGAAGUCCCGAGUCAAGCUGCCGUCGGGCUCAAAGAAGGUCAUCUCCUCGGCCAACAGAGCCGUCGUCGGUGUGGUCGCUGGCGGCGGUCGAAUCGACAAGCCCAUCCUGAAGGCGGGUCGCGCCUACCACAAGUACAAGGCCAAGAGGAACUGCUGGCCUCGCGUCCGCGGCGUGGCCAUGAACCCCGUCGAGCAUCCCUUCGGCGGCGGCAACCAUCAGCACAUCGGCAAGCCCUCCACCAUCAGGAGGGACGCGCCCGCCGGUCGCAAGGUCGGUCUUAUCGCUGCCCGUCGUACCGGCAGGCUGCGCGGAACCAAGACCGUCCAGGAGAAGGAGAACUGAGUCGGACCGCGCUCGAAAUAAAACAAAAAGUGUUCCAAAACAAAGUUUUCUGUUUUUGUCCGUUUGCGUACACUUCAACUAGGAUUUCCUCGACCGGUGCUUUGUGUAACACGCGUGGAAGUCAAUAAAGCAACCUUUUGCAAAAGUU